CCUUCUUUAACGAUCAUAACUGACAUUCCAGAAUCGUUUCAUUUAGUAUAUAUACUCUUCUUGUACUCCACAUGUAACUGAAAUUUCACAAUUUCGAUUCUUUGAGAGAAAAACAGAGCAAACGAAGAAAAAUGAAGCGGCCUUCUUCUCGGCCCGUAUUGAAGCAACUCAAAGGAACUCAUCACGUAGAUGUCAAUUCUAACAAAGGAAAAUCUAUACUCGAAGAUGAAGACGAAUACGAUGAGAUCAUCGAUUUCGAGAGAAUCAGCACACCUGUAAUUUGCAAAACAGUACAAAAUUGGGAAGCGACCAGUCGAGGGGAAGAGUUUUCUUGCGAAAAACAGGGGCUAUGGAGGCGUGAGCAGACAAACAGAGCAACCAGGCUAGAGAAACAGCUAAAAGCAAGAUGGGCAGUGGAUGGACUUAUCGAAGAAGAACUCAAUCGCUUUCGAGCCCAAUACAAAAGAUCUAUAGUUCCAUCAAAGCUCAGAGAUGUAGUUCAACUGAUCACGCCUAAAUGGACUCCAUCGCCAGAGCUAGCCACAUUAACUUGGUUAGGCGAUUGGCGGCCUUCGACAAUCUUGGAUCUUCUUCAAUACUUAGCCCAUUCAUCUGGGCUUUCAAAAUCUCUACCAGAUUCAGUGGCCAUUGAAGUGGCAUUGCCCCAAUUGAUCAACGAGUUACGAAUCGAGGAGGCGGUGAUCGAUGAAGAAAUGGCUGAGAUUCAGUCCAAUUGCAUAUUCUAUCUCCCAUUUGGCCCAAAGAAAGAAGCAAAUAAAGGUAAGCCUGCAAUGGCUUGUGUAGAAUCUGAGUUUAAGAAGAUUCAUAGGGUUAUUACUAAGGCCCAAAAUUUGAGGUUAAAGGCCAUGGAAAUGGCAGUGAAGAAGGUGUUAAGCAGAACAGAUGCAGCAGAGUUUUUGGUUGCUUUUGCUGGAAUUCAAGAUUUGGUUCAUCAAUGGGCUAUGCAAUACAAAUUGCAGAAAGGCCCAGUUUCUAUAAGUACUAAAGCCCUCAAGUCUGGUGGUAGCCCACUUAAGUAGGCCCAUUUGAGAAUUUGCAAUUAUAGAUGCUAUUAUUCUUCUAGUAUUUCAUAUCUUGACACUUGAAUCUUUUUGUAUUCUAAAAAUGAUAUACAAG